AUGCAGAAUGAUGAAGAGUUCUUUAUUGGGGAUCGGGACGAUGAAAGCACAUCUUCUGAUUUGGAGUUGAUUGUGGAUAAAAUUCCUGGGAAGGAGGAACAGAAGGAGGAGGCCGAGGGGCAGAACAUUUUGGACUACGACAUAGAAAGCUUUACAGACAAGCCGUGGAACAAGCCUGGGGCUGAUAUUACUGACUAUUUCAAUUACGGAUUCAACGAAACAACCUGGAGAGAAUACUGCAACAUGCAGAGAAGGAAAAGCGAGUUUGCACGUGGAGGGGCUGAGUGGACUGAUGAGAAGUAUGGGGGAGUAAGAAGAGGGUUCAACGAGAUCAAGAGGGAAGGAGAGGGGGAUGGAAGUAGGAGUAGGAGAGGGAACAGGGCAGAAAGAGAAGGAGGAAGAAGAGGCUCAGCAGAAGGGCAGAGAUGGGAAGGAUGGAAUGGAAGAAAAGAUGGAGGAAGACGACGUGGAGACAGAGAAGAAAGAGGACAAGGAAGAUAUGAGGAGCGGGGGGAGGGGCGAAGGUAUGGAUAUAGAGAUGGCAGUAAAAGACAGUGA